CAAGUUCUCGAUAAGAACACAUGGGUGUAUGAUGUGACUGGCCUUCUACAACACUGCGUCGCUGUGCUCCGUCUUUGUCAUCAGCUAACUGAUCAGCUAGCUGCUGUUCCUCUGCAGCAUGCAUCACCACAGCUCAAUCAUAUGUUGUGCCAGGCAACAUUGCGUGUCAUGCCUCGUUUUGACGAUCUGCUCAGUGCAGUAGCGAGCCCAGCGGUUGAUAUCCGAGUGCUCGAAGCACGUGCCACGGCAUUAGCCACUGUAUGCUGGGCGCUAUAUCUACCAUUCUCCCUCAUCAGCCAAAAAUACAGAGAAGCGAUGGGUGAGCCACUGCAGCAGAUGGACCAUCAUCUAGAUGCCUUGCGGCAGGCAGCCGAAAUCGCUGAAAGAGCUAAUUUGGGCAAGCUGGAGCUUGACUGGUCCCACUUGGAUGCCGUUGCCGAAAACGUAGUUGCUCAAGAAUCCGCCAAAAUAGUGACGGAAACUACACCACUCGUCUACACAGAAGAAGAAACACCAGAAGUGCGCGAUCCCGUCACUGAACCCAACGAUGUGUAA